GUGGGCAUAAUAUUCGGCAAGGCCUCUUCCUGCGCCCAACCACCCUGCCUUGUAGGAAACUAUCAAAAGAACGAGAGGCAACAACCAACCCGCAGCCCAUCUAUGCCAGGGGAGUGCCUAGAGUGUGGGGGCAAAGCGCUAAUGCCCAGAAUCAGCUGUCCGUCUCUUUCAAGGAAGAAAAUUGAUGUCUGCUAAUCAAGAAAUGUUGCUGGUCCCUUCCUUGAGUAAUUUCUUCUUCUUCUUCUUCUUCUUCUUUUGACUGAAAUCUUCCAACGUUUGUAGGCCUCACCAGAAGAUCCGUCUGGUUCCUCCUUUGUAAUCAUUUAUCUUUAUUUUAAAAGUCAUCUUUCAAAGAAGAGGCUACAAUUAUUCCCGAGCUUAUUUGGCUUGGAAAUCCUCGUCAUUGCAGUUUUGACGAGGAUUUCCAGUUUUGACGUCAGCUUCAACCGGGACCUUUCCUUCGCUGUAUGUGGAUGUUGCCUUCUGUGAAACGUUAGCCGCAAAAAUGGCUACCGAACUGAGGGCUGGAGGAGCCGCGUUUCUCUCCUUCCAGAAUGUUCUGGGACACGGCAUGAACCCUACAAGAAAGUCUGAGGAGGAAGCCCAAGUGCGGGCUCUGGAUGCUGAUGGGGAACAGAUGGUCCCUCGGGUCAUUCAGGUUGGGACCAUAGGAGAAUUUCUAGGAUGGAUGGCUCCCCAAGAGAUGAUCCAAGGAUCAGAAGGAGGUUUGGCUCAACGCUGGGAGGCCCAGUGGCAGGAAGUCUUGAAGGCAGUCCAGCUUCUUCCUUCUGGGUUUGGGACUCCACACCAGUCAAAACCUUUUCCCUGGGACUCCUGCGAAUCCUUCCCCAACACCAGCCAGUGGUCGAAUGGAGAAAGCGUUCCUCAGUAUUUGGUGGUCAACAACGGCGAGUUACCUCCUCGGAUCCUUUAUGGUCCAGAGGUUGAAGGAAACAGGCCAAUGAAGGACGUACUUGUGGACCAAGAGGCUCUCUUGAUCGAGCAUCAGCGCCAACGUUUUAGGCAGUACAGUUACCAGGAGGUUGACGAACCUCAAGAAGUUUGCAAGAGACUCCGGGAAUUUUGCUAUCAAUGGCUGAAGCCAGAGAAGCACUCCAAAGAGCAGAUCCUGGAACUGGUGAUCCUGGAGCAGUUCCUGGCCAUCCUACCUCUAGAGAUGCAGGGCUGGGUCAGGGACCGUUUUCCUCAGGCUUGUUCCCAGGCCGUGAGUCUCGCAGAAGAGUUCCUCAGGAGUCAGAAACAGGAGAUUAAGGUGCUGGAACCGUGCGCAGCAGUGGUGAUGGUCUCCCCGGAUGCUGAAGGAUCCCUGGCAGCUUCUGGAUCUAACGGCCUCCUUUGUGGAGAAGUUGAACUGAAAGACGGUCAGGAUCCCAACUCAGUGGGUGAUCCCGCCAUGAGCAGAAAUCUCCUGGGGGUCUCUCAGCCAGGGGGUCCUGAGCUUCCCGUGUUGUUUGGAUCCUUAAUGGCGCUACCGGGAUCCCUCGAGAACAGGGAUGGGCUGGGGCAGAAGAACCCAACGGAGCCGAUCCAGAAAGGGGAAGGCGCGAGGCUGUGCAGCGAAGGGGUCUAUGAGACAGUGGUCCGUUUGGAGGAACACGGACACUGGUGCCUCGAAUGCGGCGAAAGCUUUCAAGACGCCUCGCAGCUUCAGAAUCACCAGAAUUCCCAUUCGGGCCGGAAGCGUCCAGAAUGUCCAGAAUGCGGGAAAAGUUUCCGGGAUCUUUCGCACGUUCUCCGGCAUCAAACCGUCCACACGGGAGAGAAACCCUACGCCUGCUUCAAAUGUGGACAGAGUUUCACCCAAAAACCAGCACUUAACCGGCAUCUGAGAAAACAUUUGGAAAGCCAGAGUGACUCAGGUUUCAUCCCAAGUAUGAAACCCGCAAGGACUGACAUGGGUAGUCGUAAGCGUCCAGAGUGCUUGGCAUGUGGGAAGAGUUUCCGGGAUGUUUCUCAGGUCCUUCGGCAUCAGACGGUCCAUACGGGAGAGAGGCCUUACAGCUGCCUUGAGUGUGGGCAAAGUUUCACUCAAAAGCCGGCCCUCAACCGACACAAGAGGAAACAUCUCAAAGGCGAAACCUACGAAGGAGACCAAGAACGGCACGGGAACCAGGAAAAUAGCCACCGGGAUGGGGCAACCCCUUCUUGGGCCUGGCCUAACCAAACAUUCCCCGAGAACGGAGUUGGCCCCUUGGCCAGCAGCUUGGGACAGCGGCCAUCGAUGAAUCAGUAUCCCGAAUCUGCCUCCGGCACGGGCCAGCAAGGCAAAACAGCCAGGAAAACCGUCAGCCGUCGAGGGCAGAAGAAAUACUGGUGCUUUAUCUGCAUCAAAGGUUUUCGGGACAAGGCGGAUUUGGUAAGGCACAACCGGAUCCACACGGGAGAGAAACCUUACACCUGCCUGGACUGCGGACGGAAAUUCAGCUACACAUCCAGCUUGUACAAGCACCAGCUGAUCCACAGGAGAGCGGGCAACCUGAAGGGGAACCAGUUCAGAGAGAUGUCCGUAGACUACAAUCCAGAUAAUUUUUCGGCCAUCCGCACAGCUCCCUUGGCCGGUCUUGAGGGCAGCGGGAGGUGGAGGAAUGGGGUGAAGUUGGAGGCGACUGAGGAAAAACCGCCCACGGAGGCCUUGUCGGUAGGAAAGGCCGACACGCAAUCGAGUGACUUUGCUUUCGAUAUUUCUGCGACGUAAUUCAAAGCGGUCGGCUUUACUUUUUUGUACCUGGUGCGUUUCGGGACAGAUCGGACUUAAGCAUCCAGGACUUCUAGCUUGAAUAGAGAAGAGAAGCUUGGCUUGUUGAUAAAAGCGAUUCAGUUCAAACUAACCAGCCGAAUCCCCUGUCCACAGGUGGGUGGGUGGGUGUACACACAAACCUGCCCCACCGCAUGCUUCUGUAUAUAUGUGUAUAUAUAUAUGUACGUAAAGACUCUUUCUUAUCUCUGACCAUUGUUACAUUAUUAAUAUUAUUAUUUUAUGCACAAUAACACUUCACUGACCUCCGUUGCAGUUUUCCUUUCUCCGUUCCAAUAAAAGGCUAAGCCAGCUUUGUUAUCACAG